ACGGAACUUAUAAAACACUCAAUGUCAUUAUUUGAAUUAAAAUACAUCUAUCACAAACGAUAUGGAUUUAACUACUACCAUGUAAUAUACACCAGUGAAUAUAAAUCGCCAGGCUUCGAUGUAAUGGGCAAAUCUGAAUCAAAAUGAUAUUUGUGAUACAUGACAGGCGGAUCAACCAAUAGGUCUCUUAAAGCGAUUAAUCUUACAUUUGUUGUCCAGACAUGAUGUCAAAGCUGCUCACCAUAUUCUUGCUGCAGAAAAGGAACUGGAUGUGCAACUAACGCGACUCGGGAUAUACAUCUGAUACUGAUGUGUGGAUGAUGACAAGAGUCCUCAGUGACAGAUGUCUUGUGUUGACCAACGUUGUCAAAAUCGAAUCGCACUUGUUAUACGCAUAUCCAGGAGACGGCAAGGUAUAUUAGAUAAACAAUUCAGAACUACUAUAUGAAAGACAGAAAGAUGAAGAUGACAGGCGGAUCAACCAUUAUUGCAACAACUCUUCUGAUAUUAGUUGUCCACGGGAGGUGCCAGGAAUGUGAAGAAGGAAGAUAUGGUAAUCUUUGUAAUGAAACUUGUGGGCAACAUUGUUUAAAUAAUAGAUGCAAACAAGACGAUGGGUCAUGUACAUGUGAAACAGAUUACAAGUUUAAAGGUGGCAAAUGUAUCCUUAGGACUUGUCCAGCUAAUUGCUCAACAUGUACUUCAUUAGAUAGCUGUGACACGUGUGUUGACAGAUAUUAUUAUGGAGAAACAUGUGAACAUGAAUGUAUUCAUUGUAGGAAAGGAACAAUCUGUGGGAAAAGUGACAAAUACUGUUGGAGUGCAUGUGCGGACGGUCUCACUGGCGAUUUUUGUGAUAGCCCUUGUUACGCAGGAUGUGAAACAUGUAAAAAAAAGAAUGCUAAUAUAUGUUCAUCUUGUAAAACUGGAAGGUAUGGCAAGAACAAACAGUACUUAACAUGCAAUAACCAUUGCAAUAAUAACUGUGUAAACAACUCGUGCAACGCUUGGUACGGUCUAUGUGACAAAGGUUGUGUGAAUGGAUAUAAAGGAAAUAAUUGUUCCGAUACAUGCACAGGACAUUGUUUGAACAAAACAUGUCAACAGUUCAAUGAUGCAUGUGUUCACGGAUGUGAUGACGGAUUUUAUGGCCGUAAAUGUUUUUAUACAUGUAAAAGGGUUGAAUCAAACUGUCUCGUUUGUACUUCAAAUGGAAACAUUUUCAGUUCCUGUACACGGUGCAUUAAUGGGUCAUACCCAGGAACCAGCGGGAAGUGUGUUCCAUGUGAACCGAAUUGUUCUGGAGGAUGUAACUCAUCCGGGGGAGUAUGCUAUGCAUGUGUAGAUGGAUAUAGGGGGUCGUUCUGCAACGUUUCAUGUGCAUCGAAUUGUAAAUCAUGCCUUCAAAAUAACGAUGAAUGCAAUGAAUGCAAAGAAGAAUUUUGGGGAAGUGACUGCUUAAAAAAAUGCAGCACGAACUGUAAACGCGGGAACGAUUCAAUUUCUAGCUGUGAUAUAAUUUCUGGGAAAUGCAAACAUGGGUGCCUAUCUGAAUCAUAUGGAUUACAGUGUUCUCUUUCGUGUGACAAGCAUUGUCUUGCUUCUGAAGGUGGGUUCCUUCAAUGCAACCAAAUGGAUGGUCAGUGUAGAUUAGGAUGUGAGAAUGGGUACAAACAGACGGACACAGGAUGUAUUAAUGGCAAAGUUGGUGAUGACAGUGCUGGAACGUCCGGAGCAACAGUUGGUGACGCUGUUGGUGGUGCUAUCUCCCUUCUAGCAAUUGCCUUUGUCAGCGGGAUGUUCAUCUUUAUGUUGAGGUAUACGAGUUUACGUCCAGAGGUUAACCUUCCGAAACAAGAAGACGAAGAAAGGACAGCAUAGAAGCAGAUGCAAGAGCAGACGAAGAGGCAAGAACAUACGAGCAGCUACACGAACGGACAGAACAACCAAUCUACCAGAACCAGAAUGUCGAUGACAAUGGCACUGACAAUUAUGCCGUGUUGUUUACAGAUACAAAUAUUUAAUUCGUUAUCUUUUAUCAAUCAUUCACAUAAAAUCACAUGUGUUUGUGAGAUGUAGUCUAGAGUGUAUAAGGUGCAUCACAUUUUAUUGCUUCUGAUGAUAUAAUCAUUGUAAUGUAUAUUACAUACAAGAGUAUUUAAAAUGCCAUGAUAAACGUAGAUCAUGAUUAAUUAUUGUCACGACUUUAAAACAUCUAAACUCUUCUUGACCUGUGCACAUAUAUCUCCAUGUAUUCGGAAAUCGUUUUAUGUUGAA